AUGGUAAAUGGCGUGUAUAGGGUGGUGCAAGAGCUGCUAGGUCGGUCCCUUUUGGGCAUCGCUGCAGUCAAGUCGCUAUCACCAAAAUCACCUGUGAUCCUGACACUUUUGCAAUUAAUCAAUUUGAGAUAUAUUAUGAAGUCUGUGAUUGAUUUAGUAGACUACCUAAUUGGUUUCUCUUUUUUUUCAUGCUGCUCUGAUCCCCCAGAUAAACGCAUUAAAACCGUGCAAACACCGGAAACAUCAACCACCAGUUGCAUUGAGCCUGAUUCGGCUGAUGAAUUGUUCCCCUUAUCCCAAACAUCAAGUGUUGAGAAUUUGGAUGAACUCCAUGAUUCAUGCAGCCAAGGUGAUCAAUAUCUGACUGAUCUAACUGAUAAGGAAAAUACUGACGUGUUAAUAGAUGGCAUUGGUUCAUCGGCGUGUUAUGAAGCAAUCACAGACGUGAAAAUUGCUGCUAAACAUGUGGCGAAGGUUUCGAAUAUCCAAGCUAGACGGGCCAGACGUAUGGGAUCACACCUACGAAAAGUUAACUAUACUGGCGCUGUUGGAGCUCCUCCUCCAUACGAAUUACAAGAAAUAAUUGCGCCUCUCAAUACUAAAUUGCCUUCAAACACCGCAAUUGCUGGUGGUAUUUAUCUCACAUAUUCUCUCACCGGCAACGGUUCCCUUACACGUAUAUAUUCAACGUCAGAACCUAAACUGGAUGAAGAUACUGUUAUUAUCGCAUAUUCUAUGCCAAAAAAAAUGAUCUCUUCAUUUAAAUACGAAAAGGGGUCAGAGCUUCUAAUUGGCAACUUGGGAAAAGUUUUGACGAGCCACUUUGUGAAUGACCGCAAGCCUUUCUACACAGCUUGGAUUGACUAUAUCAAGGUGGCUAAUUCGUACAAUUCAACUUUAUAUUUGUUACCUGAAUUUAGUGUUUCCCCCCCGCCAAAGGUGCAGAUUGUUUGCAUAAAAAAGGGGGAUAAGACGAUUUCAGGGCUUCCCGUUGACGCCCCUAUUGUGCUGGAUGAAUAUGAUGUUAUUGCGGCAUUGCCUCCAGGCAUAGGGGCUAUUAAAAUAGGCACUACUACCAGGUCCCAGCUUUUGUGUUUGACCACCAGAUUUGGGGCGAUUGUUGAACUCUGA